AUAAAACUGAGAGAAAAGGGAGAACGCCUGAACGAGAAUGAGAAAGAUCAAGCCAUCUACGUCGAUUUCAAAAUUCCUUUCCAUUCCAUCCUUGGGUAUUGAAUAGGCGAUCAAAAUCAGUUUCAAUUAACCAAUUAUCGAGUGCUGAACCUAGACCUAACACUGAACGGGGGCACCGAGUGUGGCGAUGGAUGAAUGGCAGAAGGCAGUUCUGAGAGAAGCGUUUGGCGAUUCAUCGGGAAGUGAAGAAGAGGAAGAAGCAAUACCAGAGGACGAAGCGAGAGGUGGAAAAGACGGUAGAUCGAAGCGGCUGGUUCCAAUCUGGGAGCCAGUCGUCGAAAUCAGAGGGCUAUGGCUGUGCAGAGACUUCCUGUCUCCCCAGCAACAGUCGCGCCUCCUUUCCGCCCUCCGCCGCGAAGGAUGGCUCGGUGAAGGUUCUAACAAUCAGUUCCUGAUAAGUCCCAACUCCAAAAAGGCUAUGAGGUUUGGGAAUCUUCCAUGGUGGGCAACUGAGCUUUGUAAUUCUGUACGCGACGCGGUGGUUCUGGCUGAAGAGGCUGCCGGAGGUAGGCUGCUGCCGCCAGACAUUCUGAGGAGACAGCCACUGUUUGAUCAGUUAAUUGCAAAUGUGUACCAGCCAGGUGAGGGAAUCUGUGCACAUGUUGAUCUGAUGCGUUUUGAAGAUGGAAUUGCUAUCGUCUCUCUGGAAUCGUCGUGUGUGAUGCAUUUCAGCAAUGUAGAACACGAAGAGGGUAGGGAGGACGCGGAGGAGGAUGAAGAGAGGGGGAAGGUUGGAAAGGUUCCUGUCUACUUGCCUCCAGGAUCUCUGGUUCUGUUGUCUGGAGAUGCACGCUACAGUUGGAAGCAUGAGAUCAAUCGGAGACCAGGUUUUCAGUUCUGGGAAGGGAAGGAGUUGAAUCAGAAACAGAGAACCUCCAUAACCUUGAGAAAGCUCUGCCCUGUAGACUAGCGUGCAAGAUUGUGACCUUAAGAAAGAAGUAUAUCAAGUUCACAAAACCACUGUAAAACUCUGCAGGGUUGUUAUGUAGUCAUCCCCAAGGCUUUUCCUACCAUAACUUGAGGGUGUUACACAAUUAUGCUGCUUCAUUCGGUUCCUCACGACCUAUCGUCGUUGUAUCAUCCACAAACGUAUUAUAUACUCUCCGAGUCUAAGUCAUAGUUUUUGUUGGAGGUAAAACGGAG